ACUUACGAUUUUACGCUUCUAGAUCACCAAAACGUUUCUACCUAGAAAUUCGCUUUUGACUACAUAGCUCUUAUUAUAAUUAGAUUGGUUUAACUAUACAUCGUUUAAAACAAAAUCAUGCAUCUAUUUAUAACAUUCACAGAUUCACUCGUAUAUACAACUUUUUCAUUGUAUAUCAAUAUUAUUAAGCUUUCAUCAUCGAUCAUAAUAUACACAUUUUUUUAUAAUCGCUUUUGUAAGUCAUGCUCGCAAGAAUUAAUAUAAUAUAAAUUAUUAUUUUAUCUAUGAGAUUGAACUCGUCUUUUAGUAGAACUCAAAACAUAAAAAUUUCUCACAUCCAAUUAAAUUUACAGGGAUUUUUAGUGUCAAAUUUACUCCACCAAAUUCUUAGACAAAUAUUGCAAAGUGUAACACCUUUCAAAAGGGAAAUAAGCAAAUAAAAAAUCCAAAUAUUUUGGAAUUACAUGCUCUCAGCUCUUAUAAGAGAUUGCAAAUUUUACAUUUUCUACAAUCAUGGUCAUGGAGCACAAUCUUUCUUCAUGUGUAAUGUGUAUAUAUAUAUUCGGGAUCAGUAAAGCCAGCCAACAAAGCCCACUCUCCAACCUUUGUCGCUGUCCCACUUUCCGGUUUCCAACACCCAAUCCGCCCAACAACCACCGCCAACCUCCCUCCGAUAUGGCAAUCUCCGCCGUCUGCUCCCUCAAAUCCCUCCUCAUCCUCCUCCUAAUCUCCGCCGUCCCCGCCGCCUACCUCAUCUCCCUCGAGCUCUCCCCGCCCUCCACCCACGUCUUCCAGUACCGCAGCACCGGCGGCUUCCUCCGCGAGUGCGCCAAGUGGGACCCACACGCCGGCCGGUUCAUCGUCUCCUUCUUCGAAGGCGGCGUCGGCGAGGUCCGCGUCCCCGAAGACUACUCCCCAGGCGACGUCCUCCGCGAGGUCCAGCUGGCCAAGGACGCCGACGUGGCCGGCAACGCGUCGCUCGGGCUGGUCGUCGACCGUCCGAGGAACCGGGUGGUGGUGGCCGUCGCCGAUGCUCUGCGGAACAAGUACAGCGCGCUGGCGGCGUAUGAUUUGUCCACGUGGAAGCGUCUGUUCCUGACUCAGCUGAGCGGCCCGGAGGACGGGAAAGCCUUUGCGGACGACGUGGCAGUGGACGCAGAAGGCAACGCGUACGUGACCGACGUUGCGGGCAACAAAAUCUGGAAGGUCGGUCCCGACGGCCAACUCCUUUCCACAAUCACCCACCCUCUCUUCACUCCAAAACAAUGGUACAAAUCCCUGGUCGGCCUCAACGGCAUCGUUUACCACCCCGACGGCUACUUGCUCGUCAUCCACACCUUCACCGGCAACCUGUUCAAGGUCCGGCUUCCAGACGUCAGCGUCGGAUUGGUCCACGUCGAAGGGUCGCUGGCGUUCGGAGACGGGAUGGAGCUGCUGUCCCCGACUCGGCUCGUGGUCGCCGGUUCGAGCCCGUCGGCCAGGCUGGUGGAGAGCUCCGACGGUUGGGAGACGGCUAAAGUGGUGGGCAGCUUCAAGGGGCCUUCUCAUCGGCUGUCGACGGCGGCGACGGUGAAAGACGGGAAGGUGUAUUUGAGUCACAUGUUUGGGAUUGGGUACCCGGAGAAGAAGCAUGCGAUCGUUGAGGCUGUUUUCUCUGCUUAAAUGAAUGAAUGAAUGAAACCCUUUCUGUUUAACUUUAAUGGUUUUAUAUUCAUGUUUGUUGUAGUAGGAAACUUGCAUUGUUUUGGGUGUGGAGUCUUUUGUUGUAUUGAAGUUCAGCAAGGCCGGAGUAGCUAGCUCCCGGUCGUCACACAGCUCUAAUUCCCGAUGAUUUAUUAAGUCGCCAAAAUUUAACAAAUGAUAGUAAAAAAAUUGUUACAUUGAACAAAUUAAGUGACUGAACUAUCAUGAUUAUAAUUUGUCAAUCGUAAAAAAACAUGACUUUCGGUGACCAUUUCAUUGUGGUCGCUCGAAAAAUGGUCGCUGAAUACUAACUUUCUUGUAGUGCAACAAGUUUAUAACCAACAAGUUCAGCAAUCCUCUAAAUGAUAGGAGAGAUGCUAUCGGAUGACAAGGUUCGAAAGUACAUGUUAUAUGUUCUUAUAAGCUUAGGUAUGCAAGGUUUGUUGGAUGGAUUUUAAUCUUUGAGCUCAAAAUCAUUGACCCCACAACUUAUUGAGUAAUGGGAAACAUUUACUCGCACACAUCUGAAUAUGCAAGGAAGACGGAUUGGACUCAAAUUAUGUUAUUUUAAGUAAUUUUGGAUUUUUUGGUUGAGAUCGUGAGAUAGAAACAUAAGGGGACGAGGGAAGAGUGAGAGAAUGUCACGAUCGUGAUUUUUCAGUUUAGACCGUGAACUACAAACACAAAUUUCUAAACUCAUGACUAUUCUCACUACUGUAAGAAUCAUAAUCGACAUUCACAUUCCUAAUGAUAUCGGAACAAUGCUUACAUCUUUUAACAUAUUAUAAUUUUGUAGAAGAUUUUUGAACUAUACUAAUUUUUGCCAACAACGUAUAACAUGCACAAAAAUAUAAGAUGAGAUGUUAUAAUAGUUCAUAUGGCACCAUAAAUUAGACAAGAGUACAAAUAUCAUUAUUCAGUUACUCAUUCCCAAUUUGCCACAACACUAGUCCACAAUCUUAUAGAGCGAAAAUUCACCAUGCUACUUACAACACUAGCUACAACAAUUCUUUUACACCGCUAUUAAGUUAGCCAACAAGUCAAACUAGAAAUCCGAUACAAGUUCUCGAAAAGUCAAAGGUAGGGGUCGUUUGGAAGUUGUGGUUGUUAAAUAGAUGUAUUGUUGAGAAUGCAUGUAUACAUGUAUUGUCGAAAUUGAUGCAGUGUAGAAUACAACGUUUGGUAUGUGUGAUUGUGUAUGUCGCAUCAGCUAAAAGCUGAGACAAAACAAUCUCAACUCAACUAUCUCAACAAUCACAACUAAAAGUUGAGAUAUAACAAUCACUCAAAAUGAGUGAUAUUUCUGUCACAUCAUAGAAACAAUCCAUGUAUUGUUUCUCCUAAAAAAAAAACAAUGCAUUGUAAACAAUACAUGCAUAAUGACAAUCUCAACAAAACAAUCGCAACUUCCAAACGACCCCUUAAUGUACUGCCCAAAAUCGCUGGAAGAAAUAACGAGAACGACCGCGAUCAGUCAAAAUCAAAAUCGCCCUGCGGUUCGACGAUUUCUUAUACUAGGUUGAACCAUUCCUGUUAGUAGGGGUGGAAGUUUGGUUUGCGGAUUGCGGGUAACCCACAAACCGCACCAAACCACACACUUUGUGGAUACCCAUACCCACAAUUUGUGGAUAGUGGGUUGGGUGUGGGUAGCAAAAUAUUAAUUUUUGUGGUUAGUGGUUAACCACUACCCACAGCGGUUUACCCACAAAACCCACAUUAACUACAUUAGUUAUAUUAGUUUGUGAAACUUGGAAAACUAAGAAUUAAGGUAGCUACUAAAA